CACGUCGUAGUCCGACACAUGCGCACAUCUUAUUUUGAUCACGUGGCUCUGUCACAUGACGAACGGCAAACAAGUCAAGGAAAUGUAGCUGGACCAAAUGUCACAUUUCAGAGCCUCAAAAAAUCAACAAUGCAUCGUUUUUAUAGCGCAAUGCAUACUUUGUUAAAGCUGUGGAUGGUCUGCGUGUCCCUUUACAUAAACCAUGGACUGGCCGGUAAAAUGAAGAUAGUCGAAGAGCCAAACACAUUUGGGUUGAACAAUCCUUUUCUGGCUCAGGGAAGCAGACUACAGCCUAAAGUGACUCCAUUUCCAGUGUCUGGCCCUGCUCAUCUGCAUCGGCUUGCUGGAAAGUGCUUCAGUUUCACAGAGUCAACGUAUAAAUAUGAAUUCUGUCCAUUUCACAACAUCACCCAACACGAGCAGUCAUUCAGGUGGAAUGCGUACAGUGGGAUACUGGGGAUCUGGCAGGAGUGGGAAAUCGUAAACAACACUUUCACAGGCAUGUGGAUGAGAGACGGGGAUACUUGUGGAACCAGAAACAGGGAAACAAAGGUAAUCCUGGUCUGCAGUGCAAGCAGCAAGCUUGCUCAAGUCUCAGAGCCCAGUACUUGUGUGUACUCUCUAACCUUUGAGACUCCACUUGUCUGCCAUCCACAUUCCCUUUUAGUGUACCCGACACUAAGUGAGGCGCUGCAGAGGGAGUGGGAUGAAGCUGAGCAGGCUCGCUAUGAAGGUCUUAUCACUGAGCAGGGAUACAAUAAUAUCCUGAAGGAUAUUUUUGAGGAUGCUGGUUUUCUGAAGAGCCAAAAAGUGAAGAUAAAGCCACCAGAAGCUGCCGCAGCCACUUCAGAAACACACAACUCUUUACAGAAGUGUACAGAGGAUUUCCAAAAACAGAGAGAAGAGAUUGAGAGACUGCAAGCUCUCCUCACUCAACACAAUAUUCCUUUUGAUUCAAAGCAAAAUGAAGCAAAAAGCACAGUGAGUGUGACGGUAAAGGAUCAACACCUGAGGGGAGACACCGGCCUUAUUGAUCUGCCGUGAGUCAACCAGAGCAAGUCACCUUCUUCUUCGCUCCAUUUUCUGUGGAUCGAGUAGAUUUGAAGAUUUUGUUGGUCAAUGCAAGUGACACAGACACUCACUGGACAGUAUUGCCAUCAGUAAAGGUUCUUUGAAAUAAGCGACACUGAGAACUUAUUUGUGGAUUACAAAACUCUCAGACUUGUGCAGAACUUUUUUUUUUUUUUUAAUCGAGGAGUUUUGACACUCAGCCGGCUCUCUCCAGGACUUUUUCCAUCAGAGAGGAUCAUCGUAAUGAAUCAAAUUCUGUACAGAGGCAACAUACUGAGAAAUAAAACACAGUUUUUAAAAGAAAA